GCUGUGGCUGGGUCGCCCCGGGCAGAUCGCGGAGCUGCCUUCGGGAACCGCCGAGGCGAGCUGCUGAAGGGAGCCGGCCCAGCAUGGACGACCCCGCGGCGCCCGGGCCCGUCGGCUCGCCCGCUCAUGACAACGGCAACGGCAACGGCAACGGCAACGGCGGCAAAGGGAAACCGGGUGCGCCCAAGGGCCGGGAAGCAUUCCGCAGCCAGCGGCGGGAGUCGGAGGGCUCUGUGGACUGCCCUACUCUGGAGUUUGAAUAUGGAGAUGCAGACGGGCAUGCAGCGGAGUUGUCAGAAUUAUAUAGCUACACAGAGAACCUGGAAUUUACCACUAACAGGAGGUGCUUUGAAGAAGAUUUCAAGACUCAAGUGCAAGACACUAAGGAAUGGCUGGAGUUGGAAGAAGAUGCCCAAAAGACGUAUGUGAUGGGACUUCUGGACCGACUGGAGGUGGUCAGUAGGGAAAAACGGCUUAAGGUGGCCCGGGCUGUUCUCUAUCUAGCCCAAGGCACUUUUGGGGAAUGUGACUCAGAGGUCGAUGUGCUACACUGGUCCAGAUACAACUGCUUCCUGCUCUAUCAGAUGGGAACCUUCUCAGCCUUCCUGGAGCUACUCCACAUGGAAAUUGACCACAGCCAGGCCUCUAGUAGUGCCCUUCGGAAGACAGCUGUCUCCAUUGCUGACAGCACUGAGCUCAGGGUGCUGCUGAGUGUCAUGUACCUAAUGGUGGAAAAUAUCCGCCUGGAGCGAGAAAUAGACCCCUGUGGGUGGAGGACAGCCCGAGAGACCUUCCGAACUGAAUUAAGCUUUUCCACACAUAAUGAAGAGCCUUUUGCCCUCCUGCUCUUUUCCAUGGUUACCAAAUUCUGCAGUGGCCUGGCCCCUCACUUUCCAAUAAAGAAGGUUCUGCUUCUGCUCUGGAAGGUGGUUAUGUUUACACUUGGUGGAUUUGAGCAUCUGCAGGCUCUCAAAAUACAGAAGCGUGCAGAGUUGGGCCUGCCUCCAUUAGCUGAGGACAGUAUCCAGGUCGUAAAGAGCAUGCGUGCUGCCUCCCCGCCUUCUUACACUCUUGAUCUGGGGGAAUCUCAGCUGGCCCCUCCACCCUCCAAGCUGCGGGGCCGCCGUGGUUCUCGAAGGCAACUCCUCACCAAGCAAGACAGCCUGGACAUCUAUAAUGAAAGGGAUCUCUUCAAGACUGAGGAACCAACCACAGAGGAAGACGAAGAGUCUGCAGGUGAUGGAGAACGAACCUUGGAUACAGAGUUAGACCUACUAGAACAGGAUCCGCUCGUGCCACCUCCACCCUCACAGACACCUCUCUCUAUUGACCGGGUAGCCUUUCCCAAGGGCCUUCCCUGGGCCCCAAAGGUCAGACAGAAGGACAUUGAACACUUCUUGGAGAUGAGCAGAAAUAAGUUCAUCGGAUUCACCCUGGGGCAGGACACAGAUACCUUGGUUGGAUUACCUCGACCCAUCCACGAGAGUGUGAAGACUCUAAAGCAGCACAAGUAUAUCUCCAUUGCAGAUAUACAGAUCAAGAAUGAAGAGGAGCUAGAGAAAUGCCCCAUGUCUUUGGGAGAAGAGGUGGUACCAGAAACACCAUGUGAAAUCCUCUACCAGGGCAUGCUGUACAGCCUCCCUCAGUACAUGAUUGCUCUGCUUAAGAUUCUGCUGGCUGCAGCCCCCACCUCCAAGGCUAAGACAGACUCUAUCAAUAUCCUAGCAGAUGUCCUGCCUGAAGAGAUGCCCAUAACUGUUCUCCAGAGCAUGAAGCUGGGCAUUGACGUGAACAGACACAAGGAGAUCAUUGUAAAGAGUAUCUCUGCCCUGCUCCUUCUCCUUCUCAAACACUUCAAACUCAACCAUAUCUACCAGUUUGAAUAUGUGUCACAACAUUUAGUGUUUGCCAACUGUAUUCCCUUGAUUCUGAAGUUCUUCAAUCAAAAUAUCCUGUCCUAUAUCACUGCCAAAAACAGCAUUUCGGUGCUGGAUUACCCAUGCUGUACCAUCCAGGAUUUGCCAGAGCUUACUACUGAGAGUCUGGAAGCUGGAGACAAUAGUCAGUUCUGCUGGAGGAACCUCUUUUCCUGCAUCAACCUCCUGAGACUGCUCAAUAAACUGACCAAAUGGAAGCAUUCCAGGACCAUGAUGCUGGUGGUCUUUAAAUCAGCUCCAAUCUUAAAGCGAGCCCUCAAAGUCAAGCAGGCCAUGCUACAACUCUAUGUCUUGAAGCUACUAAAGAUACAGACCAAGUACCUUGGGCGCCAGUGGAGGAAAAGCAAUAUGAAGACUAUGUCGGCCAUUUACCAGAAAGUACGCCACCGCAUGAAUGAUGACUGGGCUUAUGGGAAUGACAUCGAUGCCAGGCCUUGGGACUUCCAAGCAGAAGAAUGUACCCUGAGGGCCAAUAUUGAGGCUUUUAACAGCCGCCGGUAUGAUAAACCGCAGGACUCAGAAUUUUCACCUGUGGAUAACUGCUUGCAGAGUGUGCUGGGGCAGAGGUUGGAUCUGCCUGAAGAUUUCCAUUAUUCCUAUGAGCUCUGGCUGGAGAGAGAGGUGUUUUCACAGCCCAUCUGUUGGGAGGAGCUGCUCCAGAAUCACUAAGCUCUUGUCACAAAGCAUCUGAUAGAUGGAGAUUGGCUCCAAUAAAUAUGCUUUGCCUAUCCUGCCCCAUCAACCUGCAUACUGAUCUCUAGAGUGUGUGUCAAUGAGAGUUCCAGCCCAGCAUCCAGCGGAGACAUCCGGCAUAGUUCAGGGCUAUUCUGGAUGCCAUUGCCCUAAGCUCAACUAGGUACCUAGUUGGCUUUGAAGUCUCUUGGUGGAUCAGUCCUGGACAGGCUCUUUGAUGGAACCUGCUUUAAUCUUGCCUAGAACCAGGCUAGCCUUUGUUGACCACAAUAGUGAAAGGAAAUCUCUUAUGGCAUUUGACCCAUGACAUUCAUCUCAAGCAGUGGAAUAGGUACAUAAGGACAUUUUCUUCUUGCUCACUCUAAAUGUCCAAGACUUACCAUUUAGCAGAACCAACUUUAGAUUGUAUGUCAUGUUUAAAAUUUGACACUUAUACUCUUUAUAAAAUAAUCAUUAGCUCUAAGAUGAUUUGAGAGCCCCGCACCUUUAUAAAGGAUGAUUGUUUCCAAAACACUGCAUGUUAUAGAAAAAUGUAUUGUGUAGUAUUUUUUCCUUAAGAGAUCUGUGUUCAAUGUAAAAAAUAUUUCCUGUGUAUUCUGUAUAAUGCACUGAGUGCUUUGCCAUUUGGAAAGAACCACACUAAUGUGAAAUAAUGUGGCCUUCUCUAAAAAUAUCUCAUUUUUCAUAAAUUACUUGUUUUAAAAUGGCUAUGUACACUGCAGAAAUUUUCUAAUGUAACCUCAAAUCUUCAUUUGAGCGAGGAGAGGAGCAGUGUUAUUGAGACAGGAUCUGGCUAUGUAGCCCUGACUAGGCUGGAACUUACUAUGUAGCCAGGCUGGCCUUGAACUUGUAAUGACCCUCCUGCCUCUGCCUCCUGAAUACUGGGAUUGUAGGCAUAGGCUACCACCUCUGGCCAAUUCAUUUUUAAAUGACAAGUUGAUUAUAGGAGGUUUUAUUUACUGAUAUUUGUCCAUUUGUGCUGAUUUUUUAAAUUUAUAUUUUUUUCUUCCAUGUUCAUUAUUUUUUACCAUUUUUUUUUUCCAGCUAGACGUUUCAAUAUGGUUUGUACUGGAAGUAUCACACAUUUCAUGGAGGAUGUCUCUACUCCUUUACAGCAAAAUAAUAUAAGGGUUUUUUUUUUUAAAUCUUUGCACUUUUUUAUCUUAAAGGUCUCCGCACUGCCCAGACACUACAGAGUCUUUUGAUGAUGGCACAAGGAUGCUGUAUUAUAAUAGAGAGUUGUCCAAGCUGGCUCAUAAGCUCUUCCCUUGUCAACCAGUCUCGCUUGUGGGUCAUGAUAGAGACCCACCAUUAUCCAAAGGAACAAUCAGUACCUCUAUGCUUUGGGUAGCAGGAUUUCUUACUAUGGAAAAGUGACAAAAAAUAAGUAUGUAAUAGAUGAAAUAUCUUAAAAUGAUUUGCAAAUUUUAUCAAACCAUGACAGCAGUCCUCAUUCCAAAGAGUUUACUGAGCACAGCAUCAGGCAAUUUUAUUAAUCUAGGGUCAGGCUAAAAUGAUUUUAAUGAUAUUUGAGUAAAAAGAUAAUUUUCCAGGAGAGAGAAUAGUCACCAAUCUAUUUUAAAGUUGUAUCAUACUCAGUUGUGUAAAGAAAAAAUAAGUUGCCUUUUAAAAAACACACACAAAUGCUUUCAGAGACACAGAUGUAUGCUAAGCUUUAAUAUAUCACAUUUUAUUUUUUAUUAACUCUUAAGAAGAUUAAUUUUCGCCGGGCGGUGGUGGCGCAUGCCUUUAAUCCCAGCACUCGGGAGGCAGAGCCAGGCGGAUCUCUGUGAGUUCGAGGCCAGCCUGGGCUACCAAGUGAGUUCCAGGAAAGGCGCAAAGCUACACAGAGAAACCCUGUCUCGAAAAACCAAAAAAAAAAAGAAGAAGAUUAAUUUUCAAUGCAGAUGCAGAAACUACUCCACCUUGCGAGGAUAAAUUAUUAGUUUCAAAUUACAUCAUUUUCCCCCCUACAAUUUGCUGUGGGUAGUCUUCUGGUAGCAACAGCUAGCCCCAUGUGCUAAGAUAACUUGGGCUGGAUCUCCCAACUUGAGAGCUCAUGUAUGUGGUUAGGAAUAGCUUCAGAUUAACCAAAUUUAGUGGUGAUUAUAAUUUCUAUAUAGAAGCAUGCUAUUUGGACAAUUUAUAAAAUAGGGACUUUAUUUGUGAAUAUUUCAGUAAAGUUUGUGUUGAUAACAUUGUUCAUCUCACCAAACACUUUAAUAAAAAGAAAACCUGGAAUUAGAAA